AUGGGUGGUGGUGGAGGUAAACCUCUGAAUAUUUUCCGUUUGGGGAGUUCCCUGGCGGAUGAACCCAAAGAAGUUCUAAACUGGAGACUCUGGUUUGCUGUUGUCUCCUUUGGCAUUAUGGGAGCAGCUAGAGGCGUAGAUGAAGGGUUGAUCAGCGGCACCUUCAAUACGGAGGAUUUCCAGCAGCUCCUUGGAUUCGACAAACUUGAUAAAGACCAAUAUGCAAAUGUCAAGGGCAACGUCUCUGCAAUGGUUCAGAUUGGGAGCGUAGGUGGUGCCCUACUGGCUUUUGUUCUCGCCGACCGUAUCGGUCGUCUCUGGGCCACUCGACAACUGUGUGUUCUUUGGAUACUUGGAAUAGUCAUCUUUAUGACCAACAACGGGCGAUUGGGCCAAGUAUAUGCUGGCCGCUUCAUUGCUGGUCUCGGAAUUGGCCAGACCACCGUCAUUGCGCCUGUUUACCUUUCUGAGAUUUCACCCAAGGCGGUGCGAGGCCUUUGCACUUGUGUCUUCUCGGGCUCAGUGUACAUUGGAAUCAUGCUUGCAUACUUUUCGACUUGGGGAAGCAGCCUUCACAUCGAUCAAAACAAGCCCAGCUCCUGGAUGGUGCCGACAUCUCUCCACCUCAUAUUUGCUAGUCUCAUCUUCAUCUUGUCAUGGUUCAACAAUGAAUCACCUCGCUUCCUGAUCAAGCAAGGCAAAAUCGACCAUGCCACGGGCAAUCUGGCCAAAAUCCGAGGCCUUCCCGCUGACGACGAAUACGUCACGGCAGAAAUCUGUGGUAUUGUGCAUCAACUGAAUGAAGAGCAGGAAGCAACCAUGGGACAAGGCUUUUGGGGCAUUCUUCGAGAGAUAUUCUGCAUGCCCGACAACUUCUACCGGAUAUACCUUGGUCUGGGGGUCCAAUUGCUCGGCCAAUGGUCAGGCGCUCAAAGUAUUACCAUAUAUGCUCCCGAUAUGUUUGCGCUGCUCGGUACCAAAGGUAACAAUGAAAAGCUAUACGCCACGGCCAUCUUUGGUGUGGUAAAGUUUGUCUCCGCGAUUUUCUGUGCCCUGUUCCUGGUCGACGCUAUUGGACGAAAGCGAUCAUUGUCCAUCGGCAUCGCCCUUCAGGCCAUUUCCAUGUGCUACAUUGCAGCCUUCUUGACCGCUGUGCCCAACAUUGACAGUAACACCGUCUUUACUGCCUCUCAGAAGCAUGCUUCCACAGGGGGUAUUGUCAUGAUAUAUAUAUCGGGUGUAGGAUGGGCUUUGGGAUUCAACAGUAUUCAGUACCUUCUGAAUGCUGAGAUCUAUCCCCUCAGAAUCCGCGCUGUCUGCAGCUCUCUUGUUAUGUGUUUCCACUUCGUCAACCAAUACGGCAACUCACGCGCCGUGCCUAACAUGCUCCUGAACCUCAGCCCCAAGGGAACAUUCUGGUUCUUUACCGGGAUCACAAUUCUCGGUGGACUGUGGGCAUGGCUCUUCAUUCCCGAGACAAGCGGCCGUAGUCUCGAAGGUAUGGAUGCAUUGUUCCGCCUUCCUUGGUACAAGAUCGGGAGAUAUGGGCGACGGGAGGCUGAUGCUAACGAUCAAUUGACGAGAGAGAGGGUGUUGGAGGAGAAGGCGGCCAUGGGAGGGAAUGCUGCAAUGGUAGAGGUGGUGCAGCAGGAGAAGGUCGACCGAUCGAGGUCGGAUUACUACCUACAAUGGGGACCGUUCGAGCCGUUACCGAUCCCAGGGUUCGUGAACACCGGACUGCCUGGGAAGAGAUCGUGCGACACUCUGAAAUACAACUCGACGGUGGGGGUGCAGAAGAGCUUCUUCCUCGACGAUGACAUUAAGCAAAUCGCCAUGACCCUCGACUCUCACCCGAUGGUCGACUACCCCGACGAGAUGAUGAACGACCCCGAGAUGGAAGCGAAUGAGAUCAUUGACAAGACUUGGGCUCGCCUCUCGGGGUCCAGUGUGUGGCUGCCGGAACAGAAGGUCUUCUUGUCCGUGACUCGAGUCAUCUUCUGCCCCUCGAAGACGCGCUCAGUGCCCAAGAUGAGUUUUCUGCGGGGUCAACUCUACAAUCAAGACUGGGAACAUUUGGACAAUCAUACUAUUGCCUGGGAUGGACAGGAGUUCACGUUUCCACUGGUGUUCGACAUCCCGGUGCAGUGGGAAGAAGAAGGGAGUUUGUAUGGACCGGAAGACCCCCGUAUCAUUCUGGAGGACAAUGUCGAAGGUGCGGAGCCGGUUGUCAUCUUCAACAUGAUCGCAAAACGAACCGAGUGGAAGAGAGCCAUGUACAUCUUCCGACCUUUCUCCAACUACUCCACCAUCCUCACCAUCAAGGACGCCGACAGGCAACAUACCGAAAAGAACUGGGCACCGUUCUUCAUUCCGAACGAGCAAAAACACAAGGCAACUGGCAAGAACCCCUCAAAGGCGGUGGCGCCGGUACGUCAAUCCAGCGAAUACAUCCGUUUCGUUUACAGCUUCAAACCUUUGCGGAUUUUGAAGUGCCAUCUCCGCUGUGGUGACUGCGAGUUCGAGUUCGAGCAAGAGGUGCCCGACAACUUCAUGACCAAGCAUAACGAAGACGGUGGCAGUUUGCGUGGCGGUACCAACUUCGUCCCGGUGCCCCUCCCAUCGAGCAUGGACAUCGACCCUCGAGUAAGGGUGUACGCAGCCUUUCCCCGGACCAACAUUGAGAAACAAUGUGACGGCAGUUUUUAUCGCCCAGAGUUCGUGGUCAUGAUCAACAUUGGCACACAGUUUCACCUCGCCUUUGCUUCCGAGUCGCUUGAUUUUGGCACCUCCCUUCUCGACCUGGGACCCGAAGAUGAUCGUUGCGAUAAAGGGCGCAUUCUCAUUCCCAACAGCGUCGCUCAGUGGGAUACGAGCAAUGGCCAUGACGUGAUGAGUGUGACGUUCAGCGUCAACGACGAGACUGUUCAAGUCGCGCGUGUUCAAGGGCUCCUGUCGUUCGUCCGUAAUCUACCUCAAUUCAAGACGCUAUUGAAAAAGGAUGGUCUGCUAAAGGGAGCCGAUCCUGACCUGAUGAGCACCCUGUCUUCUUGGGUCGGGGACGACGUUCGUGGCUGUCUUGUGGAGGCCGCUCUCAAGUACGCCGCUGCGGCAAAGGAGAUCUCGCUCCCGAAAGAGGGAAGCGAAGUGAUGGAAGUCACCAAGGAGCUGAUGCAAAAGCUCAAACUGGAAUCGGACACUGCCAAGCAGAAGGACGAAGAAAUCUUCAAUCACGGGUUUGAACCAGGGCAUAUGUUUUUGGAACAUCCUCUUGAUGAUGACGGUGACCCACAACCUUUCCGGUUCGAGAUGCUGGGCGAGUUUUCCGACGUCGAAGGUCUGUCGGUUGAGGGCUUGGACGGUGGCGAGAGCAAAGACGAAGAUAAGCAGGGAAGCCCUGGUAAGGAAGAGCCAAAGAAGGACGACGGGACGAGGGAGGAUACAAAGAAGGAAGACGAAAAGAACAAUGGGUCGAAGGAAGACGAAAGGAAGGACGAAACGCAGGAAGAUGAAACGAGAGAUGGAAUGAAGAGCGAUAAAGAUGAUGUGCCCGAGCCGGAGAAGGUGAACAUCGAGCAUCCUGAUGACGAGACUCAAGAUACUCGAGAGGGAGACAAAAAGGACGAAGGAAAGCCGCCGCAAGACAAUACACAAACGGAGCCCAAACCACAACACGCCCAUCACCGAUAUCAUAAUCAUCAGAAUCGACGCAGAAGGUGGUCGUGA